UGUCAACGUGGGCGCGAUACGUGACGUGUGAGAAAUGUCAAGUGCCUGAACGCUGUAAAAUAGUCGUCGAAUCGUCAGUUUAUUGACUUGCUGAUAAUAAUGGAUUUGCCGGUGAACGAGGAAAAUCUGCAACAAAUAUUGGACAAGUUGUCUGAAGAUGAGGUUUCUAUAAAGAAAAAUCUGGACACGAUCCUUGCCCGACGAUGUCACGUGGAAGCAAAGCUGCAGAAUAUUGGCAAGGUACUGCCGAAUGUUGUAGUGAUACGGACAGAGGGAGAGAAGUUUUGCGACAUGAUCGCUCGUACCAAUGAGUUAGCUGAGAAUGUUAGCGCUAAAGUGAGGCAAUUGGAUCUAGCGAGAAGCAGAGUAUGCGAGUGUCAAAGUAGAAUAAAUGAUAUACUAGACUUGCAAUUAUGUAGCGAAGGAGUGGCGACUGCGCUGCGCAAUGAGGAUUACGAGCAAGGUGCUGCGCACGUUCAUCGUUAUUUAGCAAUGGACCAGCAGUUGCUGGAGAGAACAGCCAAAGAUGUGUCGGGUGAUCAUACUAGUAUUAGCAGUUCUCUGGUCACUUUGCAACAGGCCGCGAUGGAAUUGAGAGCAGUUGUCACGCAUAAAUUUGAUGAGGCUGUGAAAUCUGAAGAUCUGGCAUCCGUUGAAAGAUUUUUCAAGAUAUUCCCAUUGUUGGGGAUGCACUUGGAGGGAUUAAAGAAAUUUUGCAGUUACUUGUGCACCAAACUACAUGAGACCGCACAGAAAAAUCUACAAGCGACAUUAGAGAUUAAGAGUAACGACAAGAGAGCAGCUGUUAUUUUUGCCGACACCAUGACUCUCUUAUUUGAAGGAAUUGCACGUAUCGUGGAAGUACAUCAACCAAUCAUCGAGACUUAUUAUGGCCCUGGUCGACUGUUAAUGACAAUUUCGAUUUUACAAAAGGAAUGCGAUAGACAGGUCAAGAAGAUUGUUACAGUAUUUACGAAACAUAGAUGUAUAUCCAAGAAUGUACAAAUGAUAAAUGAGUAUUUGCGAAAACCGAGUCCUGAAAGGCUCGAUCCUAAGGAGCUCGAUCUCCUCUUGGGAGAAAUAACUAUAAUGCAUUCGAGGGCAGAACUUUAUAUUCGUUUCUUAAAGAGAAGGAUUAAGAAUGAUAUAGAGAUCAGUACCACAGACGAGGCGCAGCGUACAGAAUUGCUUAACGAAUUUGAAACGACAAUAAACAACUCUGAAUUGGCGCACGGCAUGCAAGAGCUGCUUGGUGCCUAUCUCGCAUUAGAAAGAUACUUUCUCGAGGAGAGUGUGAACAAGGCCCUAGGAAUGGAUGCACUAGAUCCAGAUCAGCAGACUUCCAGCAUGGUUGACGAUGUAUUUUUCAUAGUGCAGAAAUGCGUACGACGGGCUAUGUCGAGUUGGAGUAUAGACGGCGUUUGUGCUGUCGUCAAUAUGGCUUGCGGCAUCUUGGAAGGCGAGUUUGCGAACAGAUUAAGAAACAGAUUGCGUCAGGGUUACCCAGCGGGCUACCUGGACCUGGCACAAGCGUACAGCGCUCUCCAGACAAGCAUACAGCACGGUCGUCUGCAAACAUCGGACACGGAAUGCGCCCGUCUCACGUUCUUGGCGUACCUAAACAACGCCGAUGUGAGCACGGAGUAUGUGGAAACGUUGUGCAAGAGUCUCGGCGCGGAGAUAGAUGCAACGUUCCCCAACAUGCUGAAGAAGGAUAGAGGCAAAAUUGACAGCUGCUUAUCCAGUCUCAAGGGAGUUAUACUGAUAUUACGUGGCAUCAUCGAUUGCGGCCUGGAACAGUUACGCGUCAGCGCCGUAAAGCCCAGAGUCACUCCGUGGCUUGAUGCGUUUCUGUCUAUAGAUCAUCAUAUCAAUGAGGACGAAUUAUUGAGAUACGAGACGGAUGAGCCAUUUGUGCAGACAUUAAUCAUGAACCUAGAGGGUCUACUUCAAGGAUUCAAAGAUAGCUUGACGACCUCCAAUUACGACGCGCUUAUCGGACUUCUGACCGCGGAAGUUACAGCCCGUUUAGAAAAAGUUGUCUUGAAAUCGACCUUUAAUCGGGCAGGGGGUCUGAUAUUGGACAAGGAAAUAAGGUCGUUAGCCAGUUACUUAGCAGCUGCCACGUCUUGGUCGGUGAGAGACAAAUUCGCGCGUUUAACGCAGAUCGCCACCAUUCUGAGUAUAGAGAAGGUAGAGGAAUUGGCCGACUACUGCGGCGCGGACGCGAUAGCGUGGCGAUUAACGCCGUCGGAAGUGCGGCGUAUUGCGUCCCUUCGAAUAGACUUCCGACCGGAAGACAUCAAGAGACUGAAGCUAUGACUUGUUGUCCCUUGAGUCACGCUACGAUAUGAAACGCCGUCGAACCAUGUGCUUGCACAACUAGAUCAAGUAUUCGCAUAUAUUACGUUUUAUACUAUAUAUGUACAUAGAAUGAUUAUAUAUAAAACAUAAUUUAUUACAA